AUCCACUUGAAGUUAACUGUAGAAAGGGGGAAGGGAAACUGAGAUUGGAGGGAGUGAAACUGAGAUAUCCAUGACAACCAGUUUGACAUAGCAUGGCAUGAGUGCCCCCUAUUGGUUAGAUCCUGUCAAGGAGAAGGCCCACUCCAACUCUGCAAGGCUUCAAGACUCGCCCCACCUGGGUUUGAACAUUGUUACAUCGUGGAUGUGAGGUGCCAACAUUGAGUGUCAAAGCAAUGAAGCGGCUGGGAAAGAAAGAGGCCAUACCAGACCAGCAGUGUCCAUACCCAGCCCUGUAGCCCCUCUAAUGGGGCAGGAUGCACAACAAUUGAAUUCAAUGAGAUCAACCUGUUGACUCUAGUCUGGACCAAGAGAGAGGAAGGAAGGAGAAGUUUGAAAAGCAGUAGUUGUGGAAAGGGACACAACAGACAACAUGAGGGUCUUCCCAAUAGCACUUUUGGCCACCUUAGUCUGAGAAAUUAGGCUUUAAAGAACAGGGAUUACCCACUCACACAUACAUAGACUCACACACUCAUGCCAUGGAAGAGGACAGCGGUGUCACAUCACACACGGAGGGUCUGAAUGGUGUGUCCCAUGAAUGUAAAGAGACAGAGGAGCUAACCAAUGGCCACUCUAACCACAAACCUGUGAUUAAUGGACUGACUCCAGGUCAUAGUGUCAAAGAGCACGCCAAUGGCAGUUCACUGCUCAAGUCUCUGCCAAUUUCAGCUCUGAAGCAGAAUGGCCUUCUGCAGUCCCUGGCUACAGGGGGAGAUCAACCCAAGACUGAAGAGGAGAGUGCGGAGGUGGAGCAGGCUCGAGAGGAGUGGGAGGCUCUAGAGAGUAUCCAACCAGUGGUCAGUGAGGAGUCCAGUCCUACUCCUCUCAUCUCCUUUAAUGAGGCGUUGCAGCACUUCCAGACCACAGACCUUGGCGAGGUGCUGAAGAACAUCCAGCCCACCAUCCGUAGAACGGGUGUGGCCGCUAUCACACACUUCCUGUUCGGCCCGCCGCGAAUUCACCGAGAACUACUGGAGGAGAGGGACCUGGUCUUCGCCAUCGCACAGUGUUCUUUGGAUAACAGUCAGGCUGUACACAUGCGUGUUCUACAGACCAUCUAUAAGAGGCUGACAGGCAGCAAGCAGGACUGUCCUCGGUUCGGCACCCACUGGGAGAAUGUGGGCUUUCAAGGUACGGACCCAGCCACAGACCUGCGUGGUACAGGUUUCCUGGGGCUGAUGCACACCCUGUACCUGGUGAUGGACCCUGAGACUCUGCCUCUAGCCAGAGACAUCUACAAGCUGUCCCAACACCCUACACAGAACUUUCCGUUCUGUGUGAUGUCCAUCAACAUGACCCGUAUCGCCCUGCAUGCACUCAGAGAAGAGGCCCUCUCCAAGGAGUGUAACCGUCGACAGCAGGUAGUGGGUGUGUUGAAUGAGUUCUAUGUUGCCACGUUCCUGCACCUCUACCAGCUUUGGAAGAGCCAGCAGAAGACUAUCUCUGACUCUGGCUUUGUCCUCAAAGAAGUGGAGCUGUUUGCCAAAAAGAACCCCAAGCAGAUGCUGCGUCGGCUUGACGUCUUCCUGAGGGAGAGAAAGUCGGGCGGCGCCCCCCGGGCCUCCCCAGACCCCACGGCCCAGCAACCCUCACCCUGCCUGGGGGAGAGAGGGGCCAGGUCUGAGGGAACCAGGGGCAAGGAGAUGCACUUCACUGGAGUGUGUGAGCUGACCCCAGACAUGGAGGGAGAGGCCAGGCUCAUCUGAGACAUAGGGAGAGAUAGACUGAGAGUGAAAAGGACUAUGUGAGUACAGCUAGACUAGUCUGAGCUGGAAAGAGAGAGUGUGUGUCUGUUUGUGUGUGUGUGUGUGAGACAGAAAGAGAAUGAGGACCCCACCAAACCCUGACCCCACUACUUUGUGGUACAUACCCAUUGAUGCUUUAAAGCUGCUCUCAGAUCAUUUUGAAUGGGAUCCCUUUUCUCCCAACAGAAGUACAUGGCGUGGCGGUUAGAUAACACUAAAUCACAGACAUGGGACUGAUGGAUGAAUAGAAGAUGUCAUUAAAGAGGACGAGAGAGUGAAUGAAAUAUUAGCGUUUUCUCUGGGUCUAGUGCAGGGACAGGCAAUUUUACCAUACAAGGACGCACCUGAUUCUUCUACUAAUCAUCCAAUCAUAGUCUUUAAUCAAGGCGUUGAUAAGUCGAAUCAGGUGUGUUUCAGCUUGGCUGGAGCCAAAGCCUGCAGAGUAAGAAUGCCCACCCUUGGUUUAUUGAAUAGCUGCCAAGCCCCAGGGCACCGAUCUGUCUAUACGGCCCUAGUAGAGAUCUGGAAAGCCAUAGUGUGUAUGUCUGUUUUCUACUGUCAGCAGAACCAAGCCUGGGUGUGUUUGUGUGUGCGUGCUGGGUAUGGAGGUAAAGGUCUGUGUUGGCUAUAGGGAGUUGGAACAGUGAGUAAUGUGUUUGUGUGUGUAGUCAGGCUUAUGUGUGUGGUGGGUCUGUGGGCUCCGAUGGUUAUUGUCUCCAUCUCCCAGUGCAGGUUGAAUAGGCCCAGAGCCCCCCUAUUGUAUGGGGGAUAUAUUUUUUAAUAAUUUAAAAACUAUUUUAGUCCUUUCCAAAGGGAUAGCUGUCAUGACAAUAGAUGAGAUUAUACUGUAUAUGAAAUGAUAUUAUAUGGAUAUAGUACUUGAUGGUAUUUAUAAAAGUGAGAGGAACUUAAUAUGCUAAGAAACUCAGGAUGAGGGUUAGAAUUGUUAAGCCCAGUUCAAAUACAUAAUGAGACGCGAAGCAACUGUCUUUAAGGUGAACUCAGCGAAAUUACAUUGCCACGUGCAGCAACGACUUCAAGACUUCAAGACUUCGCUCUCACCACCGCCACGAUCUGCGCAUGCGCACAGGUUCGCUUCAGGUGUGUGGCUGCCACAGGACCAAAACAACGGAGAAAUUGAGCCUCAUUGCGUCAAGUUGUUGCGGAAAUUUACCCACUAUGCUGUUUACUUUCUGCAUCUACGUCAUACCGCUGAGUACCUUUUAAGGAGUUUUAGAACUAAGUUUGUUUGAUAUGAACGGUGUCGUUUUAGAACGUCUCAGGUCGUCGGCUGCAGUUUCCAAGAUUCUAUGUUACAUGUCAAAGCUUUAGACAAAAAUCAGAGAAAAGUGCGCUAACGUUCUGUGUUCAGACAAUUAGCUAGUUUUGUUGCUGCACGUAGCUAGCCUUGCUUGCUUAUACAGUAUUUAUCUGACAAGUCAUAAAGUGUACCCUGUAUUUGGUGCAUGUAUUUUAGGACACUCGUUUGCUACAAGUGGCAACUUCGUUUCAAAGUUUCAUCACGUCAUUAUAAAGAGGCACUGUUACUGUGGAAAAGGUGUCGACUGCGCUUCUCGUCUUGAUCUGAUUGUCCCUUUCGUCAGCUGUUGUACAACGUUCUAAAAUUAGCUACUUGUUAUCUCGUCUCAUGUCGGCUGUUGUAUCUGAACUGGGAUUUAGCCUUCGUCUCAAAUAUAAUGUUUUAGUAGUCCCUAUAUAAUGUUCUACUUUCGAUCAUAUGCCCUGUGUUUCUCUGGUCAAAAGUAGUGUAUUGCAUAAUAAAAAAUGGUUUCAUUUGAGAUGAGCAUUUAGACAGGUCAGUCAAGCCAACAGUUGACUAGCCAUGGAGUAGCAGAGUGUGUUUGGUGGGCUGGUUUAGUCAGACUAGUGAUUGAAGUCUGCUGGAAGCUUUCUACAUACAUUCCGUUAUAGAGCAUCCAACUGGAGUUGUUUGACCAGUGCAAUCGUCUGUGGGUUAUCUGGCUAAAUGGAUAGUGCACACAAAUUACACAUUUAGCUAAUCUCAUGGAUAUCUAGAAUGAGCUAAAGGUUAGGGUGUCCGUAGACAACGUGGUAUUGUUAUGAUGAGAAACAUUUGGGAGGAUUUACUCCUUUUAAAUGAUAUGCUGAUAGUGAUGAUAACAGUGAAGGGUGUCUCUAAGAAGGUGUACCGUAUGCAAUCCCAAUUCUGUCAUGGAUAAUCAGUAAUAAUAGUGUUGUAUGAUGAGGGGAAUCCUUCCUUAUUUCAGGGUGUGUGUGCUUGUGUUUGUGGGGAAUGGUACAGUAUGGCAGGGGAGCAUAGCUCUGCAGUCUCAAUCAGUAGCAUGUUCAGGUAGCACUAGUACUGUAGCAUCCGAUAGCAUCCUUGUUGUUUUACCUUCCUUAUAGAAUUUGUUGCUCUUGGUCAUGUCUCAUUUACAGUCUUUGGUGUCAGUGAGUGUUCAAGCUGUUACUAUAGGACAUUCACCCCCCCCCCCCCCCUUCUACAAGAGACACACACAUCUCAUUAGUGGAGCUACUCAGUGGAUGAAUGUUUUUGAGGUACUUGUAGAUCUUCGGUAGCUUGUUCUUAAAUAUGAUAUUUGUCUUCUGCUCUGAAAGCAGAACAAGUAGGAGGGGGUCAAUUGAACCAUACUGUAGAAUUACAGUGAUGUCAUUCUGUGAGUAGGAUGCUGCUUGUGUUCCAGAUGGUUCUAUUGUGUCUGCUCGCCCAGAGGAUGUCAUGUUACCCUCUAAGGGAAGCCUAUAAAAUUGGAUGUAUCACUGUGUCAGGGGUUAUCUCCUUUGAGGUAACACAAAACCAUUCAACUCAUUCUAAAGUAUACACAUUAUAUAAACAUCUAUAAACGUGGACAUUAUCAGCUCCUAUACAUAGCCUACCUUGUUUUAUUGGGUUAUUUCCAAGCACAUUACCCCUUAUUUUAAAAAAAAAAAAGAAGAAAAAAAAGGAAUUUGUGCUCAUUAUUUUGCCAAGCGUAUGUGUUUUUUUUUUUUCAGCAAAAUUUGCACUCUUCUAGAAUGUUGGAGGUGUGUACAGUGUGAGUGUUGCUAGGUGGCUGAAUAUUAUGCCUUGUCUGUGUUGUGUUUUCAAACCUGCUUAAAGGAACAGGGCUCUACUCAAUAUCUCUUUGUAGCCAUAAUCUCAUCAUAGCCCUCUUUAAUCUGAAAUAAUGGACUAAAGUCAAUUUUAUAUAUUUUUUAUUUAUUUAAAAAGGCAAGUCAGUUAAGAACAAAUUCUUAUUUACAAUGGCAGCCUACCGGGGAACAGUGGGUUAACUGCCUUGUUCAGGGGCAGAACAACAGAUUUUUACCUUGUCGGCUCGGGGAUUCGAUCCAGAAACCUUUCGGUUACUGGCCCAGCGCUCUAACCACUAGGCUACCUGCCACCCCGUCAAUAAUUUAACUGAACCUGCAUUUCAGAUCGUGAAGAUACACAUAAAGUUGUUAUUUUUUGUUUUAUUUUAGCAGAGGGACUUGUUUCAGUUCAGUGUGUGAAUCAGGAAGUUUGUACAGAAGGUGAUUGUAACUAUAUGAUUGUCAGUAGGGCGUUCUAUUGAAACACAUUGCUUACCUCAAGACUUCAGACAGAUCUUCUCUUUCUCUUCUUUGAAUGUCUGUUAAGGACAAUGGCUUCUCACUUCAUAUAAUGGCAGAUUGUAUCUUUUCUCUUUCCUUAGUUAUACACACUCCCUCAUACACAGCUUGGAUGUCAAAUGGCAUGUAUAUUCCACACCUGAAACACUAGUGAACUAACACUGAAGCUGGUAGGUCUAUGUACUUUAUUUCAAAUGACACAGGCUUACUAUAGGCCCAACCACAUGCUUAGAUCCACAUAGAGUGGAUCUGCAGUCAAGCUGAAAAAAAGCUAAUGGAUUUUUGAACAAUCAUUACUGAUGUUGACAAUGUUAAUGAUAAGCUAAUUUACUUGUCGCUUCGACUGUAUCCACUUUCUUGUGUGUAUUAGUGAUUGUUCCCACCUUUGACCAUGUCAGGAAAAAACCUGAGAAAUAACAAUGAUAUUAGUUUCUGAUCGUACGGAAGAAUUGUGCUUCUCCAAAUUUGAUUUGCAGUCCUAAAUCAAGGUUUGGCUUGAAAUUUGCACCAGUUAUGUCAUAUUUUGUUUUCAACAGUUAGAUCUCAGUUCAAAACCAAGAGAAAAUGGGUCUUAAGCAGGAUGCAAAGUACUCUGAAAUGAGUGGUCUGAAUCUCUGCUUUGUCGACAACAAAUCAUUUCCUGAAUCCCCUGCGCUUUAAAUGAAGAUGUUCUACUGUUGCUUUUGUCGUCUUUUUUCCCUGAAAGCAUUUUAUGACUGUACCUUAAUUGUAGAUGCCCUAUUUUAUAAUGAGAGUUAUUUCAGAAAUAUGUGCUGUUGUACAGUAAAAUGUAUGGAGAAACCUAAAUAAAUGCAAUUGAAAACA